AUGUCGGCGACAUCACCGACAAUCUCAAAUCUCCAUAAAUCAUCAGCUGAAAAAUCGUAUCAAUCUUCUAGUAUUAUAGUGCAAGACCAUGAAUAUAAAUUUCCUAAAGCUUCAUCGUCCACAUCAUUGGACUUGAGAGACCUGCCUUACGAUACACUGAAAUCAGAAGAUGACAGAAUGAAUGCUAAUCAAUUUGCACUCAAGGCAUUGUUUGACGGAAACUAUCUCAAAGAGGUUGGCAAACGCAUUGAUUUCGAAUCAACAAAUACAAAAGUGCUCGAUAUUGGCUGCGGUGCAGGUGGCUGGGUGAUGGACAUGGCGACCGAACAUCCGGCAACUCAUUUUAUAGGAUUAGACAAAGUUUCUUUAUUUCCACAGUGUAUCAGACCUGCCAAUGUAUCUUUUGUCCAGCAUGAUGCCACAUUAGGCCUACCUUACGAGGAUAAUACGUUUGAUCUAGUACAUAUGAGAAUGUUCUUGAUUGCCUUUAACAAGUUUCAGUAUGCCGAAUGUAUGAAGGAAGUUUUCCGUGUAACAAAGCCAAAUGGCAUCGUUCAAUUACUAGAAGUCGAGAUGGUGGAUGAUGGCGAUGACCUAGUGAAAGAGUUUGGUGCGGCUAUCGAGAAAAUCAUGGCAGCAAAUGAUCAAGAUGCCAUGAUUGCGCAAAAGUUAUCCAGCAUCAUGUCAACUAGCGGAUUCACGCCAAUUCAACAAGUCAGAAAAUCAUUCAGGCUCAACAAUCACCCUCUUGCAUCCGAAUUUCUCUACAUUUUCGACGUUUCUCUCGACACUGUCAAACGAAUCGUAUUCGCUGUAUACGACCUUACAACAGAAGAAGAAUAUAAACGGUGGAAACGAAAGUGGUUAGAGAGCAGGAAAAACACAUCUACAUCAACAUGGUGGUGUGCUGCUGGUCAGAAAGUGGUAGUAGCGGCAAAUCAGUAA